AUGAACUUCAUUGCACUUAACAGCUUAUACAGGUACCGCAUGGGUCUCAGAAAUUUGUUCAAAUCCGAGAGAUACAUGGAGUGGAAUCAGAAGAAGACUGAGGGUGUAAAGACAUGUUCAAAUAUAGUGCUUUCCGAUGCCUUCUGGGAUAAAGUUCAUAACGUUGUUUUCUUCCUGUAUCCGAUGUACAAGGUCCUACGAGCCGUAGAUAAUGAGAUGUGGCCUUCGAUGGGGUCAAUGUAUGAGCUUAUGAGAAUUAUGAGACAGGGGAUAAUGACUACAAUCCCCACUUCGUAUCAGUGGGUGAUCGAUAUCAUCGAUCGUCGAUGGACUGGGACUCUCGAGCAUCCACUCCACCAAGCUGUAUACUACCUGAAUCCCAAAUUUCAUUAUAAACGUCGGCUCCAUGAGAAUAAAGAUUUGACGAUGGCCGUCCACGAGGCGUUCGAACGAUUGUUCCCAGAAUCAACAACGCAAGCAGAUUUCGGUAACCAAUUGCUGCGGUUUAGGGAUGCGAGGGGUACGUUCUCAUCCGCACUAGCAAAAGCAUUGACUGAAACGAUGAUAUCAUGUGAGUAUGGUAACAUAAUUAGGUAA